UAUUCUAUGAAAAUACAUUGUUCUAUGAGAAAAACCGUUGGUGAUUCGUUAUCGUAAAAAAUAAAAAUUGAACGCUGAAAACUGUCAAGUUUUAAAAAUAUUCUUUUUAGGAGUGUAAUGUCUGAAAGUUUGUAAUCCUAAGACUUAAAGCAAUUUCAAAGAUGGAAUCAAGAAGAAUAGGACUGUCUUUAAGGACUGAUCAACAUCGCGAGAAUGUUAUUGUAGGAAAAAAAAUUGACAAUGCUCAGCCACGAUUUCCAAAGAGCAGACCAGCACUCAGGGACCUCAGCAAUAAAAUUGGAACGCAGAUACCAAAAGAUGGACCUCAGAAAAAUCUCGUAAAAUUCCAAAAACCCUUGGCUACAGCAGCUCCUGUUGACAUUGCUAAGGACAAUAUUAGUAAACUUAAAAUUUCAUCUGGUAAAGUUGAGACUAAUACAACUAAAAGGAAACCUGUAUUACUUCUUAAACCAUUGAAGAAACAAGAUUCUAUCAUUGAUAAAACAUCUGCGUAUUCAGCAAAGCAGUUAGUCAUUUAUGACCCGGAUGAAAAUUCUAAGAAUGAUCCUUGUGCAGUGACAGAAUAUGUAGAGGACAUAUUUUCAUACCUACGUGAAAUGGAAGUGAAAUAUGCUGUUGAAAAGGAUCAUUUACAGGAUCACAAAACAACUUCUUCCAUGAGAGCGACUCUGGUCAAUUGGCUGAUUGAGCUCCAGGUCAGUUUCAAACUGAAUGUAGAGACUUCCUAUAUGUGUGUAUCUCUAUUGGAUAGAUAUCUACAGUUGAAUAAGGAUAUUGGUAGGGAAACACUUCAACUUGUUGGUGUUUCUGCUCUCAUGAUAGCCUCCAAGUACGAAGAGAUCUAUAUACCAGAAAUUGGUGAUUUUGUUUAUGUAUGUGAUGACUCUUUCUCAGCUCGACAAAUCUUGGCAAUGGAGAGAGAUAUUUUAGCAACUCUAAAGUUUAGCUUGGGAAAACCAACCGCAAUUCAUUUUCUGAGAAGGUAUAGCAAAGUUGCAAGAGCCAGUCAACUACAACAUUGUCUGGCAAAGUAUAUGUUGGAGUUGGCUUUAAUUGACUAUCAGAUGUGCCAUAUCCUACCAUCACAUCAAGCUGCUGCAGCUUGCUGCUUGGCCAUUGCUAUUUUGACUGAAGAAAUGGAUCUAUCUAAAGUCUGGUCUCCUACGCUGGUUCAUUAUACAACUUACAAACUUUCAGAUUUCAAACAUGUCAUUCGAAAGUUUGCAGUACUAUUAGAUAAAGAAGACAAAAGUAAAUAUCGUGCUGUGUCAGAGAAGUAUGCUCAAGCUUCAAACCAUAAAAUAAGCACUAAUCCUAAAUUGAAAGGAAGACUUAUAACAAAAUUACUCUUAGAAAAAAAUUAAUUCAGUUCUAUAUAUAUAAGAUAUUAUAUCAACUUAUAUUGACAUUUUAAUUUACUGUGUUUUAUGUAAGUGUACAUUUUCCACUUGGAUGUUUAAUAAAGGUUUAAUUACCCCUGAAA